UGUUCUUUUACAGGGAGCCAAAGUAGAAUAUGUAUUCUAGAUAAUGAGAGUAUUUCUCAAGUAUUAGAAGACUCCAAAAAGGAACCUGUGUUCAGAGCAACUGGUGAUUUGGUUCAGGUUGAAAACUGUGGAAAAUCGUUGAAAUUUGUGGGACGCAGGACCGAGUCGUGAAAAGGUGGGGUCAAAAAGUCAAUCUUGGUGUCAUAGAGGAAGCGGCCAUGAAAAGCCCUUACGUCAGCAAUUGCUGCUGUAUCAAUGACGUCACACGCGGUCUUGUACUGUUCUAUCAGGCGGAUAAUUUCCAGAUUGAACACAACAGUCAGUUGAAAUUCUGGUUGAAGAAUGAAGGACUUCUGCCUAAUAACGCGUCUGUUCCGGAUACUUUAAUUCAGCUACAUGAGUUGCCUCUAAAUUGCAAUGGUAAAAUUGAUCGUUCUCAACUGGAGAAAAUUCUCAGAGAAACCGACCCAUCUGAAACAAAUUCAACUCUAAAGAUUCCAUUCAGACUACAUCUGAGAUCUCUCUGGAUAUCCUGUACAUCGGGUAGCAGCGUCGAUUUUGAAGAAAAGAAUGAAAAUUCAGAUAAAAUUGAUGGAAGAAGCUCGGUGGGUUUUAUUCAUGUGGUGGUACAUCGAUAUCAGCUGUACAGUUCAUCUCAAAAUUGCACCAGUUUCUCCCAAGGUUCCCAGUGA